AUGUCCGCCGUUGAGACCGCCGCCACCCCCGUCGAGGAGGUCCCCGCCGUCGUCGAGGAGACCAAGGAGGAGCCCGCCGUCGAGGCCGCUGCGGAGGAGGCUGCUCCCGCCGCCGAGGAGCCUGCCGCCGAGGCCACUGAGGUGCACAAUCUGAUUCUCCCAGCCGUUGCCGCCGAGCUCGAGAACCUGAGCAUAACCGAGGCCGCCGCCGAGACCGCCGAGGCCCCUGCUGAGGAGGCUGCCCCCGCCGAGGAGGCCGCCGCCGAGCCCGCUGCCGAGGCCGCCGAGGAGAAGGCUGCCGAGCCCGAGGCUGCUGAGCCUGAGGCCGCCGCCGAGGCGUAA